GUGCGUGUACCUAGAGCCGGGCAAGCGAGUGGCCGCUUGGCGCGCCAGUGGCGGCGGAAGGUGGCCUCCUGUGGAGAAAAAGGAAUUAUUCUCUUCGAGCCACCCUCGGGGACCCGGCUGCGAGGAAGAAACAAGGGACCCCGGCUGCGACGAGGCACCCUUCCCAUCCUUUCUCCUCCCUCCCAGGGGGUUUAUGGUGCUGCGCUGGGGGAGGAUGAACGGAGGAUAAAUGGUGCCCAAGGCAGACAGCGGCACCUUCCUCCUCCUCUUCCUCCUAGUGCUCAGCAUCACCGAGCCGUUGCGGCCAGGUUCACGAAUAGCUCUGGCAAGACUUCUUUCAGAGCUGCGCUGUGUACCAGGGCAAUUUGCUUGCCGCAGCGGGUCGAUCCAGUGCAUCCCUCUGAACUGGCAGUGCGAUGGAUGGCCCACCUGUGAGGAUGAGAGUGAUGAAGUUGACUGUCCAAAUUUUACCGGGGACCAGCGAAAUUAUCAUGGGAAAGAGAAUGUGGACUCCAGGCAUAAUCGUGGAAGAGGAGGUGACACAACCCGCUUUCACACUGUCAACGUGGCUCAGCCUGUUCGGUUUAGCAGGAAAUGCCCGUCAGGAUGGCAUCACUACGAUGGCACUGCCAGUUGCUACCGGGUGUAUUUGAACGGGGAGAACUACUGGGAUGCUGUGCAGACAUGCCAGAGGGUGAACGGCUCACUGGCCACCUUCACCACUGACCUGGAGCUCAAGUUCAUCUUGCAGCAGGAAUGGGACUCGGAAGAGAAGGCCUUUGGGAGGAAGGACCAACGGAGAUUAUGGGUUGGAUAUCAGUUUGUCAUCACGAACCGCAACCAUUCUCUGGAAGGUCACUGGGAAGUCGCCUAUAAAGGUUCAUCAGAAGUAUUCUUGCCCCCUAAGCCUACAUUUAGCGCGGCUGUGUCUGAAAAUGAAAACAUCCUUUGUGCCCAGUUUCAGUGUUCACACUUCCCGACCCUUCGGCACCGUGGUUUUCACAGCUGGUAUGCUGAAAACUGCUAUGAGAAAUCUUCAUUCCUUUGCAAAAGAAGCCAGACCUGUGUGGAUAUCAAAGACAACAUUGUGGACGAAGGCUACUAUUUCACCCCCAAGGGAGAUGAUCCAUGUUUAAGCUGCACGUGCCACAAAGGAGAGCCAGAGAUGUGUGUGGCGGCCCUGUGUGAACGGCCACAGGGCUGCCAGCAGUACCUCAAAGACCCCAAGGAGUGCUGCAGAUUUACAUGUUUAGAUCCAGAUGGCAACAGCCUCUUUGACUCUAUGGCAAGCGGCAUGCGUCUCAUUGUGAGCUGCAUCUCCUCCUUUCUGAUAUUAUCCCUGUUGCUCUUCAUGGUCCACCGGCUGCGACAGAGGCGUCGGGAGCGCAUAGAGUCCUUGAUCGGGGCGAACUUGCACCAUUUCAAUUUGGGACGCAGGAUGCCUGGUUUUGAUUACGGCCCGGAUGGUUUUGGAACUGGCCUCACUCCAUUACACCUUUCCGACGAUGGGGAGGGCGGUGCGUUCCAUUUCCAUGACCCUCCUCCACCCUACACGGCCUACAAAUAUCCAGAUAUUCAGCAUCCCGAUGACCCUCCUCCACCCUACGAGGCUUCCAUCAACCCAGAUGGCAUCCUUUGUUCUCCUCCAGAUGGCGUCCAUUCCCAGACAGGACUGACCAGCCAGCCGUCCCUAGGAAACGGCGACAUGUCACCCCAGCUCACGGAAGAGUCACUCCCUCCUUCGGUUGGCCCUUCCCCAGUGGAACUGGAAGACUCUGCCGACAGCAGUACCCUCCUUGUACCUCCUGAUACGCCCUUAAGUGAAAGUGCACCGGCAGAGACUCUGGCAGGAAGCCGACACAGUCACUGUUCCCUGAAUACCAUUGUAUAAAGGAAGAUUUUAAAAAGCUUACUGCCGGUCAGAAAUGAAUUUGAGCAACUGUUUGCACACCAGAGAUACAGAUGGACAAUAAUCCGUGGACCGAACUUCAGAAAUAAGCUCCACUUCUUUUUUCCCCUCCUUUUUGAACACUACUCUUCUGUUCUAGUUUAGAAUUGUGCCUCUUGGCUAUUGGUGUCAUUCUUUAUUCUGGUUGGGUUGCCCUCUUUUUAAAAAAAGGAAAAGGAUCAUGGAAGCUGCACCUUUUCCCCGCAGGCUAUAGGAAGAGUGUGAAGGAUUUUUUGUUUAAAGAAACCUUUUAUUUUUCAAGAGGAAAGAAAUGGCAUGGAUAGCUUUUGUUGUCCCCCCCCCCCCUUCCCUUUUUUAUGUUUUGGAAAGGAAAUCGUGAAAAAUUGUGUUGUAAGGAGACUUGGAAAAACAGCAACAGCUUCUGGACUGCAGUAUCUCAGGAAGCAGAUUUUGAAGAAAAGGGUAGAGAGCAGCCAGCUGUUAUGGAAUUUCUAACCAUCCCCAUGUUCUUGCGCUCAGUCCUCAAGGAGAGAAGGCUGGAGUUGGAACUUCCGGGUUGCGUCUUUAAAAAAAUAAUAAUGAUCCCUGGCUGAUUAAAACAUGAGCCAAAGAGAGACUCUUGAGGCACGGUUUGAUCAUAAUGUAGCUUGCAACACUAUCUUGAAGGAGGGAAUCAUGAGGGUAAAAGAGUAUGCCCGCUUAAGUGGUUUUUUGGGGGAGAGAGGAGGUAUGCAAAGUACAGAGAUGCCAAUGUGGAUUUGGCGAGGAACAACCUGUUCUGCUUUCCUGUAACACUGCAAGUCUUGCACUGUGGCUGGUAAACUUGGUGACCUGCGAAGAAAGGCAGGCCUCCGACAGGCUCUGUGCUUUUUAAGGUACAUGAGUGUUUGGGGAGGAGAAGGAGAUGGUGGUGUGGAAGUAGCCCCCCAGUUUUUUAAACUAACAAGCUCACCCAGUUUGAAUAGUCACUUCAGGUUCUUCUCUCUCCCCAUCCUCUCCCAGUUCUUCAUUUUAAACUGGUUAUCUUGUUCACUUAGGGCCAAACUACACGUUAUGUGUUUUGACAGGUAUGGCUGGGAUUCCCCAUACUCCUCUGGCUUUCCCUGCAGUCACAAACCUAAUCUGCGUAGAACUACUGUGUGGAUCCUGCCUUCCCUUCCACAGUGUUUUCCCAAGCUGAAACACCCACUCCAGGGAGCUAUUUGUGUACCUGGAGCUCCAUAUGGUGUAUAUCCAAUACAUGCUGCUCCAAAUAUAUGCAAAUAACUUCCUUCAGGGGAUGUUUCAGCUCAGGAAGACAGUGUGGAGGUGAAGACAGGAACCUCUGCUCACCUGCAUGCUGUGUUCUAAGCCAGGUUGGGCUUCUGGGGUCUUUAAAAACAUUUCCCCCCGCCGCUGCUGUUGCAACAACAGGGAAAGCAAGUCGAGUCCAGGGAGCCUCAGCCCAGCUCAUCAAAAGAUACAACGUGUAGUUUGGCCCUACUUACUGAAGCCUUAAACAAUCAACUUAAAUCAGACAGCGAGGAAUAUAUCGACUUGUGUUAACCCAACCAGCGGAUGUUGUUGCUAAAGAUGUUCACUCCCAUUGGGAACUGGAAUCAGAUAAUUGAUUCACACAUGUCUCCUACGUCUGCUUGGGUUCUUUGCCUUUUGCAGAACUGUCUCCAGGCUAGAGCGUGCAGCUGGAUUUGAUAGGAGGAAUCUGUGUGGGAUGUGCAUUCCUGUUGCCUUAUGAAAGGCAGCAAGCCUGGAGGGGAUCAGGAAGGAACAUAAGAGUAGGCAAGUGCUCCUCUGGACCGGUUCUACUCGCUAUCCAUCCCGGCUGGCUGUACACUUAACUUGUCAGGGUACCAUCCCAUUCUAGUUGACCCUUCCUGUAGUGUAAACACUACACAGGACUAGGUAUCCUUUUGUAUGCUCAAUUGGGGUAGGGUAGCUCUUGGUCAGAUUUCUGUGGGGGGAGUGUGUUGUUCACCACGCAGGAGAGACCACAUCUCGUUGCUAGAACACAUACCAAGGACUCCUGAUUCAGUCAGCAGUGAAAAGGAUCUCUAGUUGCAGUGUUGGCAAAAAGGCACAGAAGUUCAUUGCCAUUGUAGACUAUGGUUGGCUUGAUGGUCUGUCUAGGUUUAAGGCAGCUUCGUUACGUUAACAUAUCCGUUGAUGCCUGCAAACAAUCAUAAACCCACCUGAGAAAAUUCGCAAUGCAGCAAUCAUGCUGAUGUCUGAGUGCGUUAGGAAGUCUCAUUUAUGGGGCUAAUAUAGAGUGGGCCGUGGGCUAGGAUCACACAGUUCCUCCCCCUGCCCCCCAGCAGAGCUGACUCUCCAGAAGUUGCCCACCCAGGGAGAAAUGAUGGAACUUUUUCUUUGCAAAAAGACCCCAGAUGCAAUGGGGCAGUCUUUGGGGGAAGGGUUGUACAUGCCAUUUUAUACAUUGGCUGGCCCUGACAAAACAAAGGACCCUGUUAAAUAUGCUUGGGGUGGCUGUGGGAAUGGCUGCAUGACCGGAGAACAUCAGUCCUAUGACGUCCCCUCCUCCCCCAGCUGUCUUGAACGAGUGGUGCAAAGCGAGGAGAGCAGUUCUUCACCCAGAGGACUCUCGGCGGGGCCUUGGGCUUUGUGAACUGUAAGUCCUGAAUUGUCGGGUGAGCGGCCAACGGCUUCCUCUGGAGUCCUGUGUUCAUUGUCUGGCAAUUUACCAAGCGUUUCUGAAGUAUGAAAAAUAAAAGCGGGUUUUGUGCAUUUUUAGCACACUCAUAAGUUUUA